AUGUCGGCGCGCUGCGUAGACUGGAAGCGCUAUAUGUUUCAGGGAAACAAGAAUGACACGCCGCGGCAACAGGUGAACGGCCUGCCGCGCAUUCCUCGCGCGCGCAAGCUCGCCGACGAGCUCCUCGACCUCGGAGAAGAGACGAAGGACUCUGCGGAGGCGGGAAAAAGCGAGGCUGAUCGAGCAGGCGAGGGCGGCGCCAGGUAUGAGACCUCCGCCGAGCGAAGGCGCUCUGGGGUAGCGUCGUCCUCUUCGCCGCGCAGCGGCCCCUGCAGCGGCGCGGUUGAGCGAGAGAACUCCGCCGCUGCCUCCGCCUCCUCGCGGAAGUCUCCGCAGUCCCCGCGCGGGGCCCCGAGGCUCCCGACUUCUGCGUCUUCCUGCCGCAGAGAGAGAGAGAGAAGAGAGGCAGCGGGCAAUGCUUCUUCUCGGCAUGGAUUCACGCCUCCGGAGGCGCGAGAGGCGAAGGGCGACGGCCGACAGCGGGACGUCGAGGCCCGCCGUCCGGCGGGGUCGUCUCGCUCGACUCUCACGUCGUUUUUUGCGAAGCGCGGGUCGGCCGAAGCGGAGAAGGCGUCCGGCGCAGUUGCAGGGAAGCCUGAACGCGGCUCGGGCUCCGAAGGGCGCGGCACGGAGGAGGAGGCGCGCGAGGGGGCUGAGAAUGCGAAAUCGCGAGAAGAGGGGGAGAGAGGAGAUCCGUGCACGGCUCCUUCACCGGGCGACACGCCCUGCAGGCCCGCAGAGCUCUCCUCGUCUUCCCCCAGCAAAGCCGCGGCGAGCUCUGGGGGGGGGGCCAAGGAGUGGAGUGCAAACAGCUCGCCUGAGGACGAAGCGCACGCGAAGCCAGGCCUUUGGCUGACCUCCCGCCACCCCCGUCUCUACGGCGCGUCUUCGCGCGAAGAUGCGCCUGCCGUGCGCCGAGAGAAGGAGGGCAGUGCUGCAGUGCCCGCUCUUGCGAGCGGCGCAGUCGGGGAUGACCGGCGGCGCGAGCGCGAAGACGGCACGAAGGAGGCGCGCGAGAGGAAGAAAGCGAAGACAGACCCGGCGCUGGAGUCGUCGCCGGCGUUCAAGGAGGGGCGGCGAGGGACGCUGCGGCCAGAGGGCAGCGAGGCGAGUCGAGUGCCAUCGCUUGGCGAGGCGUCGUCGCCUCUUAGCGCGAAGAAGGUUAGGGGCAAGCGACGGCGGCUGAUUCGCGUGCAUUCGCCGCAGUCUAGCGACGACGACGCGCCGAGUCGCUCGUCGGGGGCGGGCUCCGCGCCGAAGCGGGAAGCGGAGAAGGCCUCUUCUCCCGAGCAGGCGUCGUGUCAGGAGGCGGCCACGCGCUCGGGUGUAUCGGUGGAGGACUCCUUGGAGUCGGCGGCGUCGGAGUCCGAAGAAAGCAGCGACGAGGAAGACGCGCUGGAGGCGCUCCACGAGUGUCUUCAGGAGAGCGCGGAGAUGACGGCGCGGCUGGUGAACGCGCUGGGAGGUCGGGACGCAGCCGGGCGCGCGGAUAUCUCGGCGAAGAUUGGUCGCGGGCGCUGCAACGCGGACCAGUCCUUCGCGCUGCCUGCGGACCUGGAUCGACACACGAUGUCGGCUGUGGAGCGGCUCAAGGCGUAUCAACGCUGCGGCGUCCACUGGCUGGUUACUCUGCAUGAGGCGAACCGGAAUGGGAUCCUCGCCGACGAGAUGGGGCUUGGGAAGACUGCGCAGACGUGCGUCUUUCUGAACUACCUGUAUCAGAGCGGGCGGCUGACGAGUCCGACGAUCAUCGCCGCGCCGGCCUCGCUGCUUGACAACUGGAUGAAGGAACUGGAAGUCUGGGCGCCCUUCCUCGCGCCGGACCGCGUGAUGAAGUAUCACGGCAAACAGACGGAGCGCCGCGAGAUGGCGUUCCAGUUCCUCGACGCGAUGGAGAGCGACGAAAAGAUCCUCGUCAUGGUCACCUCGCUCAACACGCUGACCUCCAAGUGGGACAUGCAGUACCUCAAGCAAAUCCGCCCGCUCUCCUACCUCGUGGUCGACGAAGCGCACUCGCUGAAAAACAAAGAAAGCCUCGUCUACAAAAAACUCAACAAAGUCCUCAAAUGUGACCGCAGGCUCCUCCUCACCGGCUCGCCGAUUCAAAAUCGCACUGCGGAGCUGCGGAAUCUCCUCCUUUUCCUCAUGCCUGCCGUUUUCGAAGGCGACUCCCUGGAUCUCGCCCUGAAGGCCUUCUACCGCCAGACGCGGCGCGAGAAGGCUGCCGAGCACAAGAGACAGCGACGGCUUGCUGCGGCGAAAGCGGAGAGUGAGCUCGACGGAUCUGCUAGCGGGGGGGCGGAGGCGAAAACCGGCGCGGCGGAGGGCGAGGGGACGUCCGCCGCGGCGGUCUGCAAGACAGCCUCGGCGGCGUCGGCUGAGGCGGGAGGAGGCGCAGCGGGCGAAGGCGCCGGCGCGAUCUCGGAGUCGAGCGCCUGUGCGGCGAGUUUGUCGCCAGCGGCCGCGUCUCAGAAGAGUUCGAGUCUGCUAGAAGUUUUGACUUCCGGUGGAUUCAAGCCCACGUCGGUUCAGAGUGCGCUGGCGAGCGGAGGAGACAAGGCUUCUACGGGCAAGGCGGCCUCGAGCAGAGGAGAGAAGGAAGAUGGCGAUGCGGCCGCUGCGUCGCAGCAAUCCGCUGAAGUCGAGUGUCUUCAGCGGCUCUUGUCGCCGUUCAUUCUGCGUCGCCUCAAGAACGAAGUCCUCGGCUGCCUGCCGAAGAAGAAGAACGUCGUGCUGCGCUGCGAGAUGCUCGACAGGCAGAGGGAGUUGUAUAUUCAGGAGAUUCAGACAUGGCAAUCCGAGUUAACCCGUUCUCUCGAGAAACUCACUUCAGAGUUAACGGGCUCGUCGUCUUCCACGACGCCCUGCACGGCGGACCCCACCGCGACUGCCGAGGCCAGCGUGGCGAGCGGCGGAGACAGAGAGACGUUUGCGACUGCUGCGGCGGGCGCCUCCUCGGAGCCGCCAGAGGGCGCAGCCGCUGCGGCAUGCGGCGGCGCGCGCGAGGAGAGCGCUUCCUCCGCAGACCAAGACAAACCUGAAAACGAACGGGCGCCGGGCGCCGACGCCGCCGUGAGCGCGGAGGAGGCCGCGGCCUUUGCGGAGAAGGGCUCCGCGGAGGCAGCUCUCGCUGCGCCCGCGAAGGAGGAAGCGCAGGCGCCCGCCGCUGAGGCCGCGCAAGCGACUGAGACAGCGAGCGAGUUGGAGCGCGAGGCAAGCGCGACGGAUAAGAAGUCUGCGAGUGAGAAGACGGACGCAGAGAAGGCUUCAAAUGAGAAGAAAGAGGCAGAAAAGCCUUCCGUAGCAGGUGGAGACGAUGCGACGACAGCGGCGACGGAGGAGGGCGCGAGCGCCCCGGCGGAGACCGCAGAUGCAGGGGCGAAGGGGCCUGCAGCUACGCUGGCGUCGCGAAAGAAAUUUGUCAACUCUCUCCUCGCCCGCCUCCGACGCAUCUGUAACCAUCCGGUUCUCAUGCAGGGAGCCUACACCGACGAGCAACUCGAGGAAGUUGUUCAUCAUUUUUGGCUUCGCGUCGACGGAUUUAAAGGCAAUCCGCGCGAGAAGGUGGACGUGGAGAUCCGCAAAUGGAGUGACUUUGAAAUUCAUCAGGCGAUCCAGCAGCAGAUCUUCCAAGGCGACACACGCCUCGAGCAUCUUCUUCUGUCGAAAGAGCGGCUAAUCGACAGCGCAAAGAUGCGGAAGAUGAUUGAGAUCGUUUCGGAGCUCAAGAAGAAGGGCGAGAAGGCGCUGGUGUUCAGCCAGUACACCACUUACCUGGACGUCGUGGAGGCGUGUCUCUCUGAGUUCUGUCCCGAGAUCCGAAAGUGCCGGCUCGACGGCUCCACUGCUGUCGAGGAGCGACAGAGCCUCGUGGACGACUUCAACGCCGACCCCGACUUGACUCUCUUUCUCCUCUCCACCAAGGCUGGCGGCCAAGGCCUGAACCUGACGGCAGCCCGAACGGUGAUCCUCAUGGAUCAGGAUUGGAAUCCGCAGAACGACCGCCAGGCGGAGGACCGCGUGCACCGCUUGGGGCAGACGCGGGACGUGACCAUCUACCGGCUCUGCUGCAGAGGCACCGUGGAGGAAUCGAUCCUCAAAUGCUGCCAAGCCAAGCUCGACCUGGAUGUCGCCUUCGGUGGCAACAGCGACUUGCUGCAGGCCGCGAUUCUUCAGGACUCGCUGAGUGUGUUGCCAGGAGGGGAGUCCGAAACUGAAGUCACGGAGGCGCGGAGCUGA